UAGUAAUUGUUAAUCCACCAAGCUCACAAAACAAACCUUGCCGCUCCCGCUUUUCAAAUAGAGAAGGUAAAACCCUGACUUAACAUUUCCAGCAAUCCCUUCAUCAAAAACCCACAAAAACCUUCGAGGAAAUGGAUUGCAUAACUUCAGCAGUGGGGAAGCUAAAAGGUUUCGUUAAAGGCUUUGUUAAGGGCCGCGAAUCUUCAUCUCGCAGCAGUCCGAUUGAAAUCCUGAAGCGGCUUCAGCGAGAAUCUUUUUCUGACCUGAUGAAACUCCGAGACCGACAAGACAAAGUCGAACGUUUACUUUCACUUUACAGAACAUCAAAGGGGAACCCGUUCCAAGAAUCAAGUACCCAUUUGAGGGGUGAAGUUGAUCUUCUUGGGGCCGUAUUGUUAAUGUCUAAUGUCGACGAGGAACAUUGGGAUGGGGUUGGACGGGCAGGAAUCAGAACUGGGGUUGGUUCCAGGUUUAGAUUUGAGACAACUGUUCGGGAUAAAGAUUCUGUUGGGGUUGAGUUCGUGGCUAAUCAGAAAAGGGAUACAAGUACUGAUGAUGAUGUAUAUGGAACUCCACUUUCGCUGUCUAAGUUGUUUUACAAAGCAAAUGCUGGUGAUUGGUUUUCUGCUAUCGCAAUUCCAUUUGGAGCUCAGUUUCGAGAUUUCGAUGUUGCCUCCGACAUUUCCCUUCAGGAGGAAAAGGGCCUCACUGAUUUAUCAUUUGGGCCACCCCUGUUGCAUCAGCAUAAUGGAGGUGCAAUUGGGAUGACAGUGAGAAAGUCAAAUAUCAUUGCUUCGCUGGCUCAAUCUGUCUCUGGGAUGAGAUAUGAACAUUGCUGUAGUACUUUUGUUCAAGUUGUUUGUCAGCUUCCAAUAGGAUUGAAAUUCUCAUUCUUAGGCCUUCACCGAGGGCCUAAAUUAGCAAGUCGUAAUGUCCGCCUUGGAGCCUUUGCUAUGCCAAUUGGUUUUUCAAGACAUCUUGAAGAUGCUGAUACAAUAAUUGAAGCAUCUUCUCCACCUUUUACGACAAACAUCCUGGAAACUGGGUCUAUUGCCCUAAAGUUGGAGUCAGAACUUGAUGAAUACAAAAGACUUGCAGGUUGGAUUGAGAUGAAACAAACAAAUUCAAAACAUUUACAAUGGGCUGUUAAUUUGACUGAUUUUUCUGAAGAUGUAUUUGGUUGGGGUAUGAGUCUUGGUGGGAUUGUUGAAGUUCCAGGAAACUGGGACAAGUUUCAGAUUGAAUCCUAUAUAAAAUUUAACCUGGGUAAGAGAUUUAACUUGAAGCCAGGCGUUGCUUAUGUCGUAGAUGGAAAUUCCAGAACCCUGGCUCUUAUGCUUCAGUCUAACUGGUCCCUCUGAUUACCACCUUUCUGGAAAGUCAUAUGCUUUGGGGAAGUUCAGUUUUCUCUUCAGGUAUAUGAUUUGAAAUAUCUAUUUUAAGCAUAUUACAGUCUUCGAUAAAAUGAUUCAGUAGUCUAAUUUUGCCAACUUGUUGGAGCCAUUGCCUUUUCCAGUCUUAGAUAAGAACAUGCUUUUCUUGAUGGACUCCAUAUGGGUGUUGAGAUUUCUAUGCAAUCACACAUGCAAGUUACCGUCAGGAUAAUGUCAUGACUUUUCAAGUUUUAUUUGUUAUGCUAAUGAGACAUCUGAGAAAAUGGUGAAAAAGAAAAUGAGACAUUUGAGAAGCUUGUAAUCAUGAGCAUUCAAGCAUAUAUGAUCUUGCACUUGAUGAAUAUCAAAUAUUCAAUUCUAUAGGAACAAAUAUAUUGUUCAUUUGAUCAGCCAUUUGAAAUUUCUUUCCUGUUCUGGGAGCCUUUCUUUGUUGGUUCGUACUUGGAUCAGGUUCAUCUAAUUUCACCAGGAUCAGUCAUUAGUCUUUUUUCAGAAAGCUAUUUGCUAAAGUUCCUCAUUGAUUAGGGUUCGGCAGAACACAAUAUGUGGGAUUAUGUUCAGAGGUAUCUAUCUUUACUUAUGUACUCUGAAGAAAUCACAUCUUUGUCUCAAAGGACUUAAUAGUGUGCUUGGAACCAACUUUAAGGUAAUGCAGCUUUUUAGUGUCAAUUUGCUGGAAACAAUUAAUGCAUGCAAUUUCACAUGCUUAUAGGGAAAAACAAAAUCUCUGGUUGAAAGUUACUAUAUAUUUUUAUGGAGAUACAUGUCCAGAUACUAUGUUUUUGCUUUACCUUGUUGCUUGAGGAAUUUUAAUCUGGGUAUUGGAAACACAUAAUGUGAAAUGCUACUCAUCACAUGCAUGAUUUCCUCUUUCUAUUUGCUUUGUAACUUGUUAUUGAUUACCCUGCAUGGGAUUAUUAACUUAUAAUUCUAGCUAGCACCCACAUCAUGUUCUUUCUUAAUUGUUUUUAUGAUACAUUUUACAACAUUUUGUCCCUUUUGGGGAACAAUGACAGUUGAAACUUAACAGCAACACAAUAACAAACUAGACCUCCAUAUCCAGAUUGCAACCACCAAAUAAUAAGUUGUUGUAUGUCUCCAAAACCAGCCCAGCUGGUGCUUUUAUAUUGUCAUUUAUUCUUACUCCUAUAGGAGCUGCUGGCACUAAGGCUUGUUGGUUGACCAUGUUGCAUCGUUUUGGCAAUCCUAACACCCUUAAAUUGAGGGGCUCUUCAUCAGCUGCUUCAACUGGUAUUAUGCUUUGGUUGGAAUUGCAAUUAUGAUUUUAUUACUGAUGUAGUUUAUAUUGAAGAUUGAAGCUGGAUGAGUUGUGGUCUUCAGAGUGCCAAUAGGACUCAUGAUCUUUUCGAUUGUCAUGUUCUCCUUGAGUUCUUCCCUAUGUGUAAAAGACAAACAAGUGCUCAUUUAGCAUUCCCCAAGUCCACGUGGCAGCAUGUAAGAUCAAUCACCUAACGUUUGCCACAAUAGGAUUCUGAUGGAUAUGACUAUCCUAAAGGUUAAAAGCUCAAUACAGCAACGAAGAAACCAAGGUAGACAUAGUCAUUGAUGAUAUUAUAAUAAAAUGGCUUGUAUGAUAUGUAUUAAUUGGUCAGUUUAUGCUUCAAAAAGCAUUUUCAGUUAUUUUGUUAAAGUUUUUGUCUAUUUGGUCCUUGGUACUCAUAUCUAGAUUCCAUUAAUGUCAGAUAAAGCAAAACUUUUACAUUUUACU